AAUAGAACCUCUCCCUACAUAUAUUUGUAUAGGUACACGUAUAUGCAUGUCAUUCUCAAUUGGUGCUUGGAUGGACUUAUGAUUUAAAAGCGUUGCUUCUGCAGAGCAUUUAUCGGCAUUGUCCAUUCUCUUCAUUGGUCUAUGGGGCAUUCAACCGACGAAGAACUUGAAACUAGAGAGAUGGAUGUUAGAAGUCUCUCAUCCUCGCAACGCCAGGCACCAUAUGUGCACAAGGUUGGAGUUCCUCCGAAGCAAAAUCUCUUCAAGGAGUUCAAAAACACCGUGAAAGAAACAUUCUUUGCAGAUGACCCUCUACGUCCAUUCAAGGAUCAGCCAAGGUCUCGAAAAUUCAUCCUCGGUAUGCAGGCAAUUUUCCCCAUACUUGAAUGGGGAAGAAAUUACAGUCUAGCUAAAUUCAGAGGGGAUCUAAUAUCUGGACUAACCAUUGCAAGUCUCUGCAUUCCUCAGGACAUUGGAUAUGCAAAACUUGCAAAUUUGGUUCCACAGUAUGGGUUAUACUCCAGUUUUAUUCCACCCCUUGUCUAUGCCUUCAUGGGUAGCUCAAGAGAUAUAGCCAUUGGACCAAUUGCUGAGGCGUCUCUGUUGUUGGGUACCCUGCUUCAGAAUGAGAUUGAUCAUGUUACUCAUAAAGCAGAAUAUCUGCGGCUCGCAUUUACAGCUACUUUUUUUGCUGGGAUCAUCCAGGCCACUCUUGGGAUUUUGAGAUUGGGUUUCUUGAUCGAUUUCCUAUCCUAUGCUGCCUUUGUUGGUUUUAUAGGUGGAGUUGCUAUCACCAUAGCCCUUCAACAGCUUAAGGGCUUUCUUGGUAUCAAAAACAAAAACUUCACAAAGAAAACCGAUAUAAUCUCUGUAAUGCAUUCUGUAGCGAAGUCAGCCCAUCAUGGAUGGAACUGGCAGACCAUAGUCAUUGGAGUCGCAUUUUUAAGUUUUCUUCUAGUUGCUAAAUGCAUAGGAAAGAAGAACAGGAAACUCUUCUGGGUGCCUGCAAUUGCCCCACUGAUAUCGGUUAUUAUUUCUACUUUUUUUGUGUACAUAACGCAUGCAGAAAAAGAAGGGGUCGAAAUUGUGAGGCAUAUAGAAAAAGGAAUCAAUCCUUCAUCCGUGAGAAAAAUACAUUUCAGUGGUGAAAAUCUCGCAAAAGGUUUCAGAAUUGGUGUUGUGGCGGGUAUGAUAUCAAUGAUGGAAGCUGUAGCAAUUGGAAGAACUUUCGCUUCUAUGAAGGGCUAUCAACUUGAUGGAAACAAAGAAAUGGUAGCACUUGGAGCCAUGAACGUCGUUGGCUCGAUGACUUCCUGCUACGUGGCGACGGCCUCAAGCUCUCGCUCUGCACUGAAUUACAGGGCUGGCUGCCAAACUGCAGUCUCCAACAUUGUGAUGUCCUGUGUUGUAUUUCUUACAUUGGAAUUCAUCACACCACUUUUCAUGUACACCCCGAAUGCUGUACUUGCUGCCAUCAUCAUCUCUGCUGUGAUAGGCUCUAUCGAUUUUCAGGCAGCAGUCUUGAUAUGGAAGAUCGAUAAAUUUGAUUUUAUAGCUUGCAUGGGAGCCCUUUUGGGCGUCAUAUUUGCAUCUGUUGAGAUAGGCCUCCUAAUUGCGGUCUCCAUAUCCUUUGCUAAAAUUCUCUUUCAAGCAACUAGACCCUGUACUGCAAUUCUUGGAAAGAUACCUAGGACAACCGUGUACAGAAACAUCCAACAAUACCCAGAAGCCACUAAGGUCCCUGGGAUUUUGAUUGUGAGAGUUGAUUCUGCUAUUUAUUUUUCCAACUCCAACUACAUAAAGGAGAGGAUAUUGAGAUGGUUGACUGAUGAAGAGGAAGUGACCAAAGCAUCCUACAUAACGAAUAUUCAGUUUUUGAUAGUUGAAAUGUCACCUGUUACCGAUAUUGACACCAGUGGCAUUCAUGCCUUUGAAGAAUUGUACCGUAGUCUCCAAAAGAGAGACGUUCAGCUUGUUCUUGCGAAUCCCGGUCCAGUGGUGAUGGACAAGCUUCACACUUCCAAUUUUGCGAGUUUGAUUGGCGAGGACAAAUUCUUCCUGACAGUUGCAGAUGCUGUUGGAGCCUGUUGUCCAAAACUGGUGGAAGAAGCUUGAUGAAGUAAUAUCGGGAUGCCAUAGUUGUUGUAUAUAAAAAGAGAUACAUGAGAAUGCUGUGUUGAAUUGGAAAAUUAAGUUACGGACAUGUCCAGUUGAGUAUUGGAUGGUGGGGCAAAACCAAAAAAAAUAAAAAAAAUAAAAAAAAAAGGCAUUUGAAAGAGCUUCACCAGUGUAGUGCCCUUCACCCCAUGUUUCAAUUGUCCAUAGAAUCUUUCUCUCUUGUGUCUCCAAGAUUAUUGCAACCUUGGCCUCAUAUCCUCAAGUAAUUGAGGGAUUUUGUUUUCUUCCAAUACCUAAAAAUGGAUUUCAC